AUGGAGGAGGUACAUGAGAGCAGUAAUGCUGCUGCUAAUGAACGAUCUAUUGGGACAUUAAGAGGAACUGUACAAAUCGAAAUGGACAGUACUGUGGCCAUGGAGAAGAUAAAGCUAUCAAGGCACAGAAUACUAUCACAAGAUGAAGUGCCUGAAGCAAAGGAACGGAAAAGUGGUAUUAUUUAUUUCCAGACAUUGCCACCGAACUUCACUGCUUCAAGAAUGCGUAAUGAAAUGAGUAAAUUUGGUGAAAUUGGACGAAUAUAUUUGCAAGCUGAGAAACGGCGUGAUGCAAAAGGUAAACGAAGAAAACGAUUUGUGGAAGGUUGGGUUGAGUUUAAGAAGAAAAGCUUGGCAAAACGAGUAGCUGUAUCAUUGAAUAACACAGCGGUCGGUGGGAAACGACGAAGUACUGCUCGAGAAUCUCUCUGGACAAUGAAGUAUUUAAGCGGGUUUAAGUGGAUACAUUUGGUGGAACAAUUAAAUUUCGAGCAUCGGAUUGAACAACAACGAAUGCGUGUUGAAAUAGCUCAAGCAAAACGACAGGCCUCGUUUUUUUCUGAUCAAGUGGAGAAAGGAGAACAGUUAAGAAAGCUGGAGGAAAAGGUCUUAAAGAAAGGUGGCAUAUGGGAUGAGUUCCAGCGACAAGUGCAACAACGCUCAAUAAUGAAGAAAAAUAAGAAGCAUGAACAUAGCGAUGGUCAGCUUUUGCAUAUGAUAUUCACUGGAUGA